UAUCAUAAAGAUUAUAAUUAAAAAAAUUUCAAUGACAGUAUGUUUUCAAAAGUGAGAGAACUUUUUGGUCGUCAUAAACGGAAGUUUAUAUAUGGGGGUAUCGUUAUUGGAGGUUUUAUUUUCUUAUCGCGUUAUACCCAAAGGAAAAUCCGAGAAUGGCAGGAAAAGGAGAUCAAAGAGAUGUUGGAGAAGACCCGACGACGUCAAUAUUUUGAAAGUACAGAAAGAACAUGUAAUCAAAUGAUUCUUCCUCUUGCAUCUAAUUUAAGAGAAUCUGUAACAAAAGCUUUGGAUACUACUUCUAUAGUGAACAAACUCAGGAGUGGUUGCGAUGACAAAGUAGCAUCAUGGAAUGAACUUAAAGUUUUAGCAAUUUCAAGAUCAGCUGCUAUUAUCUAUUCUCAUGUUAUGCUUGUAGUACUUAUUAGAAUUCAAUUUAAUAUAAUGGCAGGCCAUAUGUAUAAAGAAUCCCAGAAACUAACGGAUAAUAUCAAAGAGAACGAUGAAUUGCAAACACAAUAUAUGUCCUUAUGUGGUCAUUUCAUAUAUGAAGGCAUACAACAAUUGUGCAAUAUUAUAAAAGAAAAAGUCACUGAAAUAACAACAUCUAUAUCUUUAAUAGAUAAAUUAUCAUUGAGAGAUUUGGAACAAAUAUAUUGGUCCGUUGUGUCCUCUGUAACUGCAGAUGAUAGAAAUCCAACGAAAAAUCUUUCAAAAUAUAUGCUACCAUCACAGUGCGAAGAAAAAAUGAAUGGAUCUCUAUCGAACAUCAUUUAUGAGACUUUAGAUCUAUUGGAAAGCGAAGAAAUACAAGGAUUUAUGCAAAGUAAUAUUCGAAGUGGUUUCGUCUUACUAAUGGAUCAUAUAUCAGAAUUUUUUAAUGCUAAAACAAGUAAUGAUAAGGAUACGAGAAAUGGCGUAUCAAUACCAGGGACCUCGAAUCAUAAAGAUAUACUUUGGACAGAUUCUGUUAUCACAAAGAUUUCAAAACAUUCAGAUUUUGUGGAUAUAAAUAAGAUCACUAUGCCUAUGGCUAAAAUAAUUCCAAUAAUAAAUGGACAAAUUCCAGAUCAAUCUAAGCCUAGGGAUGUAUCUACAGUAUGGCUGCAGCGUCUUAUUUUAAAUGAUGAACUUAAAUUAUUUGGGGCUAAUAUCUAUGAAGCAUUUAGUUUUUAAGAUAAAAUAUAUUAUAGAAAAAUAAUUACACUGAAUUAUCUAUACCAGCACAUGUUCACUUGCAAUAAAUAUAUAUUGCAUAUAUAUAUGUGCUG